UUAUCAGAUUAUAACAUCACAUACAAGCGAAAAAAAGUUAUAAAAGUUUGUAUCGACUAAACGCUACAAAUUAUUGCACACAUUAUUUGGUGAUGUGUUUACACUAAAAGUCAUUGAUGUACUAAAGAAAUGCAUUCAUCGUUGACAAUGGGGUCGAUUAUAGGCAUUGUGAAUGUGGUUCACAUACUGGCGCUCAUCUCAUCAACACUGAUAUCAAUUCACGCGGAAAGCAAUGCCCACAACACAGAUAAUGAGACCAAAGAGGAACAGACCAGAAGUGCGUUAUGCGAUGCGUUGGGUGUGUCGGGGCUGGGUAUGGAGUCAGGCGCUAUCCCCGACACUGCCAUCACCGCCAGCUCGGCCUACAACGAGCUGAGCACCGGCUCAAAACUAGCCAGAGAAACUCCUCGUAAAAGGCUAACAGAGCUAUCAUUAUCUCUGUGGCACUACAUCUGA